AGAGCUAGGAGGAUCUCGGGCGGUGGUCUGUCACAGCUUGACUAGUAAGGGAGAAAGCCAGGAGGACCGCAGAAGCCGUUCUCAGUAGCAGAGGCAGCCCGCGCCCGGGCGUUUGCAGGGAGCUGCCUGCUGGGCCGCGGGGACCACGCUCCAGGCGGUGCGCAGUGGCCCAACACGGUGUUAGGGCUCUCGCACGCCCCUCGCCGCCCCGCUCCUGGCUGGUCCGCAAGGGCCCAGCGCGGGCAGGUGGGCGGGCGGGGGAGGUGAAGGGUGCGGGCGUGAGUGCAUGUGCCAGGCUUGGUGCACACCCCGCACGGCGGCAGCGCCGGGGCACCGAGCGUUCCCCAGAGCCCCACUACCUCACUCCUCUUCGGCGGCAGCGACCAUGUUCCAGCCCGCGACUAAGCGGGGUUUCACCAUAGAGUCCUUGGUAGCCAAGGAUGGUGGCACCGGCGGGAGUCCUGGCAGCGGGGGCGCGGGCUCCCAUCCCCUGGCUGUGGCCGCCUCAGAAGAACCGCUCAGGCCCACGGCGCUCAACUACCCUCACCCCAGUGCAGCCGAGACGGCCUUCGUGAGUGGCUUCCCUGCCGCUGCAGCUGCGGGCGCCAGCCGCUCGCUCUACGGAGGGCCGGAGCUGGUGUUCCCAGAGGCCAUGAACCACCCGGCUCUGACGGUGCACCCGGCACACCAGCUGGGCUCCUCCUCGUUGCAACCCCCUCACUCUUUCUUCAGCGCCCAGCAUCGGGACCCUCUUCACUUCUACCCCUGGGUGCUUCGGAAUCGCUUCUUUGGUCACCGCUUCCAGGCAAGCGAAGUUCCCCAGGACGGGCUGCUUUUGCACGGGCCCUUCGCGCGCAAGCCCAAGCGGAUUCGCACGGCCUUCUCGCCCUCGCAGCUGCUGCGGCUGGAGCGAGCCUUUGAGAAGAAUCACUACGUGGUGGGUGCCGAGCGGAAGCAGCUGGCAGGCAGCCUCAGCCUCUCCGAGACGCAGGUGAAGGUGUGGUUCCAGAAUCGGAGGACAAAAUACAAACGGCAGAAGCUGGAGGAGGAAGGGCCGGAGUCUGAGCAGAAGAAGAAGGGUUCCCACCAUAUCAACCGGUGGCGCAUCGCCACGAAGCAGGCCAACGGGGAGGACAUUGAUGUCACCUCUAAUGACUAGGGGAACAGUCGAGAGCCCACAAGGGCAGAGCAUUGCUUGCUGCUGGCCGGGGCUCCAGGGGCCCACGCUGGACUCUGGCCACUCCUUAGCCAGGCUGCAGGGAGGUGUCGAGUCACGGCCCCACAGGGCUUGGAGCCUGGGGCCAUCACCGUCAGAGGGACAAGAAAAUGGGCUGGCUGAGGCCUGGGACUGCUCAGCCUUCUGGUGGAGAGCCUGCUGCUUGGGUGGACCGCCCAUCCCUGCGGCCCCCCCAGCUGCUCUCCGUGUCUCUGUCUUUGUUCUGAGACAUGUCUCUUUUAAUUUAUUUUCCAGGUCCUGCUGUAGUUCUUAGUGAUCCUCUCAUGUCCCCCUUCCCUAUGGGAAAUAAUAAUAAAAAAAAAUCUCUCUCUUAACGACACAGCUAUCCAUCUUCAACCGUAGAACCUGGGCUGCAGGGUGUUGGUUCUCAGUGUGGUAGGAGCUGGUCAGCAAGGGCGCUCAGGGACUGCAGACUCCAGCUGAGGAGCAUCCAGAGGGAAGGAGACCAGGGGGUGGGUUAAGGAGGUCCCAAGCCCAGCCCCCACACAGAUGUGCACCUGUCCUGAAGAACCUGAAGCACCCCCUUGUCCUAGUUUCUUUUUCAGACACAAGGUCUUACUCUGUUACCCAAACUGGCUUCCAAGUCACAGCAAUCCUCCUGCCUCAGCCUCCUAGGUGCUGGAUUGUAAGUAUGAGCUACCACACCUGGUGCCCAUGGGCUUGAUGAUGAGCUUGCUGAGGUCAUCGUGGCUCAGGGACACCUCCACCCAACCAAGAAAGGCAAGGCAGGCCCAGUGAACUCUUGUCCAUCUGCCUUUUACUUUGUCUGUUUGUCCUUUCCCCUUGACACGAUUCCUUCCAUCCUGGAGAAGUUUGAUUUGUAUUUCCAACAGUCUUUCCCUCCCAACACCCAGGCUGCCUCUACUUCACCUCUCAUGAGCUUCCCCACUGUUCAUUCUAGCAUAUCCUGAUGUGAAUGACAGCCACCAACCACUGCCCCAGCUCCUCUUUCCUACACUCAUCCACUUCCAGUCUGGGUUCAUCUGUUCCUUCACCUGUUGGGGUGCCCUCCUUGUCCCCCUAACCCCUAUGUUUUCAUUUUGGAUCCCUCUUUGGGUCUCCUCUUCCUCUGGUUCAUCCAUACCUCAUGUCUCUCCUAGUCAGCUCAUCUAUUCCUGGCUAGACAGUGAUGUCUGGUCACACAUCAAUCUGUGUAGUGUCCCCCAGUUGUCUCUGCUACUUUUCUGGUCCUGGUCUGCUAUCUGGAAGAGCACAGACAUUACGUGGCUUCUGUGGAUAUCGAAGAAGGCCCUCCAUGCUGUGGCCAGAAGGGUUCUGAUCCUCCUGACAGUGUCUCUUCUCUCUCUAUUCUGUACUGUGCUGAUGCUUCUCUCCCACCUGUGGCCUGUCCUACUUUGCUUCUAGUGUCCCUGAGUAAGCUGUCAUGGCUUUUGCUGGCCUGUGCUGUUCUUCCAUCUGGGAUGUUGGUGAGUACCCUGCGGACACCUUAUCCUUGUUGAAGGCCCAUUCCUAUUGCCUGGGCUAGCGGCAGAAAUCCAAGCACGCAAGGUUCUUUUGCUGAGAGCACAGGCCAAGUCCCACUGUCCUACCUUUUUCUACCCUGCCUGUCUUGCUGAUGUCCACUUCUAUUUCCAGAAACCAAAAGACUUCCUCCUGUCCCUUCCUCCAUCAAAUGAAUACAUCCCUCAAAUCUUAAAAGUUCUAACCCAGCUAAGUCUGUAUUAAAUUCUGGACAGCUCUCCCUGCCAAGCAAUAGUGUUGUGGGGAGGGGUGUCCAUGAACAGGUAGGAUGGGAGGAGAGGCUCCCUUUCAGUACUAGUGAUGGGGAAACAGGAUGGGAGAGCCCUUCCUUGCUUGGCUGGGGACUGGGGUUGGGUGGGGGAUGGGUCCUGGAAGAUCCCAGCAGAAUGCCCCAUCAAGAAGAUAAAGAACUAGAAGAACCGAAAACCUGCCAAUCUUCCUAGGCAGGCCUGCUGGGGCGGGGCGGGGAGCCCCCUCCAUCCCCCCAUGUUGUGCCUCUCCCGCAGACGGUAAAUAUUGGUGUUGUGACUUCAUUAAUAAAGGCUUCUGUGAGCCUGAAAAA